GGCCGUUUUCAGACGCAGGAUUCCAGAUGAGUAUGCUACGAUAGAUACUGUCCUUGACGAGGAAAAUCUAUGGUUUAAUGAACUUGACGAGGACGAGUAUAUUCGGUUGGCAUUGGAGGCGGCCGAAGGACAGCAAGAAGUUGUGAAGCAGUUUAUAAACUAUAAGCAAUUCCCUCAGGGGAAGUUAAUGUUCUUGGUUGGUCGAAUGAUCAGGCUAGGUGCCGAGGAGAGGAUUGACCCAAAGGAAGCAGAGAGGGUCAUGAAGCGUGUGCUAGAAGAGACUCUGGUUCCAGCUAUUAGCGGUUGAGGCUAGACUCGGUCUUGAUACUAUUAGGAACUCUACAUCCGAGUGAGGACCGACGUAGGUGAGUCACGCAAUCGUGGCGGGCCAAGCACGACAUUGAGUGCACCGCAUAAAUACCCAAUAUACAUAGUACUAUGUAGAAAAACACAUCUUCGUCUGUUAACCAUCAGCAACGCAACCAUCACUGCAUUGCAAAAUGACGUCUCCAACUACCCCGCUUGUUGAUCACAUUGUGAUCCUAAUUCCCCAUUCCUUCUUGUCCUCCCCGCCCUCCUGGUUCGCAGACCUAUUCCACUUCUACCCUGGCGGCCGGCACUCCGACGGGCUAACCGAGAACACCCUCGUGCUACUGGCCGACGGCUCGUACCUCGAGUUCAUCGCCUUCGUGCCGGGAGUUGAUCCUGCAAAACGUGCCGCGCACCAGUGGGGUAGAAAGAAAGAGGGCACGGUCGUCGACUGGGCAGUUACUCUGCCACCUCCGCCUCCGUCACCGGACAACAGUGACGGAGAGGCGCGGUUCCUGGAGCAGGAAAAGGCAUUCCGCGAGAUUCAGAAGAGAGUCCGGGACGCGAAUGCGGGGAUCGUGUAUGGGGACUUGAGGCGCGGAGGGAGAACGAGGCCGGAUGGAGAGGUCCUGAAGUGGGGGGUUGCGUUCCCAAGGCACGAUGAGCAGGCUGGUGGUGGACCGGUAGAGCCGGGGACUGUGCCGUUUUGGUGCUUGGAUGUUACGGCCCGGCACCUACGGGUACCGUAUACUGACCCAGGCGUUACGAAGCACUCGAUUGGUGCGGUUGGAGUUGCGAAAGUCGAAGUCCUACCCAACAGCCAGAAGAUUGCCGAGAGUGCAAGGGUUGUCUACGACACUAUUCUUGAUGCUGCAGAUACCAAUGGCUCGUGGAACGUCGGCAGUCCGGCUGGCGCAACGGUUCACUCUGGGGGAACUGUUCGUCUGGGCGCGUCGAAAGGAUCGGCCGGGGUCAACAUCACGUUUUUCACAGACGAUCCGAGUCUUGUAGGGAGGUCGGUGGGUGGCAAGGUUGAUGAUGAUAAUACUCUCGCCUUUCAUCUGGUCGCCGCGUUUGAUAGGAGAGGGUAAUGUUUUUCUAGACAGGCAUAUGUCACGUAUAACUAAUUACUGAUAAUGGGCUAUAACAUGCCCAAGUACCUAAUGUAUGUAGUAUGCCUCGAUGAUGAACUUAGGAGAUCCAAACCAAUUGUAUACCUAAAUCAAUAUCUUAUAUAAGACCCUCGUCCGUGAAAACAAAGUUC